CAAAACAUCAAGCAAGUUCGUUUCCCGCGUUUUCUUGUUACCUGUUGCAUAUGACAGUGUGGAUGCGCGCAAUUGUUUCGUCUCAAUUGUAAGAAACGAGAAAGUGAUCGAUAACAAAUUAACGUGAUUUAGUAUGUGUUGCACGCUUGACGUAUUUCUUUAAAGUCGAAGUUUCAUUUUACGUGUGCGUGUUUUGCUUCGUACGUGACAUAACCUAGAAUACCGCGUCCCGCCAGUGUCUUCCUAUGUUCAGUGUGAAAUCGACGAUGAUUCGUAAAACUCAGUAAAAUUUAUUACGACAUUGUCAUCGUCAAGCUGGCACGUUCGCAAGUUGCUGAACUGUGUGCACUAUUAUUCACCGUGAUAGUUGUGUAUGUAAAUAUCAUUACUAGUUUAGCAAGUGUACAUUAAGAUCUCACAGUGUAAAUUACUCAAGUAUGGAAGGUUAUCUUUCUGCUGAACUCACAGCCACUUGUGCUGUGCUUGGAUAUUACAAUGGCAGUACCUACCACUUAGACAAGUAUUGCUUAGAUGUUAUAAAAGAUCUGAUCCGAUAUCUUAAGAGAGAUGACGAUACUCACACUAUUAGGCGCUUUCUUGGUCAAACAAAAUUACUUCAAACUGAUCUUGUAAAGAUUCUUAUACAUCAUGUUAGUAACAUUGAACUUUGGGAUGUGUUAUUAAGAUUACUUAUUAAUCUAACAAGCCCUGCGUUUGUAAUCUACAAUGAACAGGUACCAACUGAGAAAACAAUGCGUAAUUUCUAUCAACAAAUUAUAUCAUACUUACAUGAAUAUAAAGCAGCGUUAACUGAUGAUAGCGUAUGGUUGGCAGUAGCUGGUCGUUUAGGAAAUCUACUUAGUAUUGAUACUACAGAAAGAGAUGAGGAGAAUGAGAUGACAAUUGAGAGGAUACUUCUUUUUAUUAAAAAUGUAUUACAAGUGCCAGCAAAUGAUAAUGAUAAGAGAACUGGUAACGAUGCUACUGUUCAUGAUGAGAUAUUGUUUGCAUAUCACACUUCAGGUAUUGUGGAUAUAUUGUUGUUUAUUGUCAGCAACAAAAAAGAACAGCAAUAUCACAUGCAGAUUUUAGAGAUUGUAUCUCUGAUGCUGCGUGAACAAAAUGCAAGUCAGUUAGCUGUAUCUGGGUUACAACGUAACACUGCUGAAAAAGAGAAAGAUGAAGCUAAUCUUGUAGCUCUACGACAAAAAGAGCUGCAGGAGAAGGUGAACAAGGUGAAAAAAUAUAUCGGAUCUAGACACUCACGAUUUGGCGGUACUUAUGUUGUGCAAAAUAUGAAAUCCAUCGGAGAAAAUCAAAUGAUAUGUCACAAACCAUAUCAGAAGAUUGAAGCUUUGGAAUUCAGUCACAAUAAGAAGAGACUAAAGCGACGCAAAGACAAAUUAGGCUUGCAAAAUACUAAAGAAGAACGUACGUCUGCCCUUAGCGUGCAACUCUUCCUCAAAGAGUUUUGCGUAGAGUUUUUAAGUGGAGCUUACAAUCCCGUGAUGAAAUUCGGCAGAUCUUGCAUCAUAAAUGGCAUUCAUGGUGAAGUAUCUGAAACGGUUUCUUAUUUGUGGGCCUUGCGUUUCUUCAUGGAGUUCAAUCGCCAUUACAAGUUCCAAGUAAAAUAUGUGAGUGAAACUAUAUCUACGGAAAUAUUUCAUUUAGUACAAAGACAAAUGGAUCAAUAUUAUGAGAUGAUUCUUACUGACAAGAAAAGAAUACCGGUUUGGUCUCAUAGAUUGCAUAUAGCAUUGAAAGCGUAUCAGGAACUUCUUAACACUUUAAUGGCGAUGGAUAAGAGUACAGAUCACAGUGUUAGAGAGUCCAGCAAAAUAAUUAAAAGCAACAUUUUUUAUGUCCCGGAAUAUCGCGAAACGAUAUUCAGUCAAUUUUUAUAUUUUGAUGAGAAUAAGAUGUCUCGCUGUUACUUAGUGGAUCUCGUGACUACUGUUCACAUAUUUCUGAAAAUGCUGGAGCAUUUCUGCGAGAAGGACCAACGUCAUUUAGUAAUUCAAAAAGUGAAAUCCAAAAAGCACAAGGCCAAGAAACGAAAAACAGAGCCUGUUCAAAAGGAUACAAUUCCAACUCCUACUUUGGAAGAACGUUGGGACAUGAUUGCUCCCGAACUAACUGCUGUAAUGCGAGGUGACACCAUACCGGAAGUGAUGCCUUUUGAUGCAACCUUAGAAACGGCCAUAGAUGAUCAAAAAGCGGACGCCAUGAAAAAAACUCAGAAAUUAAUGCGGCAGAAAAACUUGGAGCAGGCGGUUGGUCUUCUACGCUCAGCAAGAGAAAUCUGGCCCGAGAAUGAUUGUUUUGGUAAAGUCAACAUGUCUCCCGAGGAAGAGUUUUUGGCGCUGCGCGAGAUCUUCUUUACGGACCUGGGUGUAAUAGAGGAUCAAUCGGACGCUCAAGGAACGACAAACGAAGACAUCGAGAAUCCCGUAAAUCAUGAAGAUGAGAGCGAAGAAGACGAUGAGGAGGAAGAAGGGGAACCUGUUUUCCAGGAGACUGAUUUCAAAUUGGAUGAAUUUAUUCAAAGGUUCGCCAAUGUGAAAGUCGUCAGGGCUUUGACGCUACUGCUGCAACAGUUCGAAAGCAAUACAGUCGAAGUAAAUCACUAUAUGACCAAAAUGCUGCAUCGAAUCGCUUGGACGUGCAAAAUGCCGGCUAUGAUAUUCCAGGCGUCCAUCUUUCGGGUUUUUCAAAGGAUCCUUGAGUCAAAGGACCUUGUACAUAAGGAGCUGCAAAAGUUCGCGGUCUUCAUAAUCCGCCGUUUCGCCGAAGUCGCCCAGAAAAACCGGAAGUCGUACAUGGAGCUGCUCUUCUGGAAGACCAGCCGUGACGCGACAGAAAUCGCGGAUGGCUACAGCGGAGAAACGAGUAACAAGAAAGUUUCACGAGCAGUCUGGACCGAGGCGGAAGAGGAGGAGCUGCGUACCCUCUUCAUGGAGCAUCAGACUAACAAAUACUCCCAGGACUUAAUCGACUGGUUGUUGGAGCAUAUCAUCAACGAGAACAGGACGCGACGUACCGUCAUCAAGAAACUCAAGGAAAUGUGCUUGAUCGUGAAUUCCAAGGGCGUGCGAGCUGAGGUACAAAAGAGGUUGCCUAAGGAGUGGUCUGAAGAAGAAACCGCCCAACUUACCGAACUUUGGACGCAGUUCAAAGAAGACGACGAUCCCGUGGAUUUGAUUUUCACCGGCCUUAGAAUAAAGCGGCCGAAGCCGAAGAUCAAGGAGAAGCUUUUGGAAUUAGGAUUGGCGCAGGAUCGCAAGGAGCUGCGCAAGAAGCGGUCUAGAAAAAGCAACCAGGGUAAAUCGUCGUGGGAAACGCAAGCUGCCAGUAAUUCUGACGGGAACGAAAGUUCAGCCACCGACGAAGACGGAGAAGAAACUCGAAAAUCCUCGAAGCGCGACGGCGGCGCGCCUCGACGGAGCGAGCCGGCGAAAAAGAAGCAACAAAACAGGAGAAAGCUACCGACGGUCGUUUACACAGAUGCACAAUUAUUCGGCCUCUUGAAGGACGUCAUCGAUAGGGACAUGGGGGAGGCGCUGGAAUGGAUCAAGGAAUCCCUGCAAGAUAUCCUGGACGAUCGUGACGAGGAGAGCUCCGAAGGCAUACCCUUGGUGCCGCUGACAGAUCACUCGUCGGCCGCGAUGGAUUCGCCGAGUUUUCAAAAGCUCCUCCGUGCCAUGGGAUUUGUACCACCGGCUGAUGCCCAAGAAUCUUAUUGGCGCGUCCCGGCAAAUAUGCUCGUAACCAUGAUUCAAAAACGUUGCAAACUUAUCGAGGAUGUUUUAGCUGGUGAAUUUGUCGUCGCGGAGACGCCGGCAGAACCGCGCGGUACAGGUGAUUUCGACAGCGACGGAAAGUUGGACGACAGCGAGGACGAUACCGACGUGUUCGAGAAUGUCAAGAAGUUCUUCGCGCCCAAAGAACCAGUACCGUCAACUUCCGGCCAGUCAAAAUCGAUUGUUCGAACGCAAUUGUCUCAAAAAUCCACAAAGUCUCCGACGUUGGAUGAAGAAAGCGAUGCGGAAAUUACGGGAGAAAUCAGUGCAGCGGACGCAAAAAGUAAAGCGAAAAAUCGCGCUAUUGUACUCGAUGAUUCCUCUGAGUCCGAAAUGGAAAUUGAAAGGAACGUUGAUGAUAAAAACGACGAGGUAAGAAGCAUAUCCGAUUCUUCAGACACGGAUAAACCGUUGAAGAAGAAACGGCGAUUACUCGACAGCGACGAGGAGACAGAAUCGCUAAGGAACGAAAAUAUCGAGGUAAACGGCGCUCGUAUAGUAAUCAGCGACGACGACGAAGAAUCAACGUCCAAUAUACGAUCGAAACGACCUAAGUCGUCUCAUGUAAUAAUCAGUGACGAGGAGGAUUAGGCGAUCGCACAUAUUUCUUGUAUAGCAGUUUCAAUUUCUUUCAUACAAACGUUUGGAAUAUAACUUACUCACCGUUUCGUACACUUCUCAAGAGCCACGAAAGACUGCUGAAGCAAAAAGUCAGGCGAAUAAAAACAACAAUGCAUUAUUAAAGAUUAUAUUCUGGGAAUUCUCCACACGAGAUGACAGGAGCCCGUCGUGUUUUGAAGGCUGUUUAUGCGAUUUUUUAUGCAGGGUUUCAUCGUUUUUAUCGUUUUGUUAGCUUCAGUUGAGAAGAUGAGACGUGUCGACAAGCAAACUCCGUUGACAGGUAUCGGCUUUACCUACGGGCAAGACAUACUGGCAAAACCUACAGGUAAACCCGGAGUCGGGAGCGGUUCAAUAGCCGCCUAUGCACUUCGUCAAGGUCCCGCGUGUUCUCCUCGGUCGCGAUACGCCCUUACGGACGACCAGUCGCGCCCGGGGUACACUUCAGGGUGCCAAGAAAAACAGUUCCCGAAAGGCGUCCACAUUUCGCCAAGUAACGACGAAGAGAACAUGCGAGCACGGCUGGUGUGUCGUCGACGGUGCGCCGCGCGCGGCAUUGCCGACUGCAUCGCGGCCCCGCGGUCGGCCAGCACCUCCUCGACCGCAUGCUCCCCGGCUCCGCGGUUAGCCAAUGUGGAUGACUUUACGUCUUUUGAUGGGCAGGUGAGGAGUCUUGGCGAGUGUUAACGAUACGUACGUGCGCAUCGAGACGUAAUCGCGCGACGAAAGACCAGCCCUCGCCUUUUUCGAUAGCACCUUUGACGGCGGACGGCAUCGUCGACCGCCGACCUACGCGAAACAACGCGUAAUGUCGUCGCAAGGACUUCGCGAGUCGCGGAUACGCGACCAGGCGAUCAUGGCGGGCCAAGAAUCGUGAAAAACCUAGGCCGCGAACCUAGUCGCGAAUAUAUUCUUACGUAUGACAAUGCGAAGCUACACCCGCAUGAAUUCCCGCGGCUAUGUCAGGCGUGCGCAGUUCGUGGAAGACGAUCAUCUCGCAUGCUCGAUGAUGGGCAGGAUCCAUUUGACGCUGUGAACACUUCGAAGCGCCGUGCAGACCAAUUGUGAUCUUCCUUUGUGCGCUACACAACGUGUGUAGCUUUAAACGGAUCUUACCCGGCAAGAGAAGGUCACAUCAGAUCCGUUCCUUCAUUUCCUUGCAUUUCCGAUUCUCGUCCCAUUUGAGUAGUUUAAUAAAGAAAUGACAUUACAAUUAAGAAAUGAAAUAAAUUCAAUAAAAUAAAA